AUGGACAGAGCUCUAGACCGCCAAGAACAAGAGAAAGUGCGCACCGCACGCGCCAACUUCUUCCGGAUACUGAAGCGCAAGGGCUCAACGGGCCAAACCACCCAACCCGAAAAGAAAACAUCAACAUCAACUUCGACGGCUCAACCAUACUCUGUAUCACCAGAUAAACGUAUCAAGCUCCACACCAUGUCACCUUCCAAGGGUUCCGGUUCCGGAUCCAACAUCCCGCUCAUCAUUCGCUUCUACGACCCAAACACUCCUCCUGACCAAGCCAGAGACCCCCAUCAUCGUACAUUGGAUGAAAUCUUAUCAUGGAACGAUGCCCGACUAGAGAGCUGUCACAACUAUAUCCAGAUGCUGUUCCCGCUGCCCGAGGGCUCACCCUACAACUGGGAUGCCCCGGUCAUUACUCGUCAGGUUAUGCUGGCGUUCCGUUCGAGGGUCGAGUUGAGGGACAGGCUGCGGGAGAGCUUUGAUCGAAUGCUCGGCUUCUAUGGCUUUACGUUGACUACAAGGUCUGGUGAAUAUGAGAUAGAGGAGGUAGAGGGAGCGAAAGAGAGUGGCGCUGAAGGAGCCAAAGCACCCAGGUCUCCGCAAGAGACAGGAUCUGAGCAGUCAGCACAGGCGGCCAAUGCUGCUAAUCAGACGAGCGCGGACGAGCCUCACCACUCGCCCCUCACUAGAUACUACGUCUAUCGCGCCCCCCACUGGCAGAAGUCCUCCCGCAACUGGGCCGUCCGCUUCGAUCACAACCACCUGCGUAUCACGCGCAUCAUGCGCUGUCUGCGCAUCCUGGGUCUGCAAGCCGAGUGCGAUGCCUUCUUCACAGCUCUGAAGCGUGUCUAUGAUGAUCCUGCUAUUGAGAUUAGUGAGCGGAGCAUGAUGUACUGGCACCGUGCCGUCAGCCAACCACUGUACAUUGCGCCUGAUGAUGAUAGGUGCGGAUGGUUGAAGCAGUGGGAGGAGGAACAGCAAGAGUAG